UUUGGCACACCCGUUGAAUAACACUAGUUCAAUCCAUCUGCAGGUGACUGGGAGCUCAUGAUUUUACGACACUAUGCGGGUGUGCACUGGUCCUCAUGGGAAUAGCAGUCUUCCUUAAGGCAAAAUGCUACCGCUUUUGUCCACCUGCGUCGCUAAAAACGACCAAAACUGUAUGUGCAUGUCUGCUCCCCUGUUAGGGAUUCAAAUAUGACAUGCUCCAAAGUGGGUUUUCUGCGGGUGUACGCUGAUGGGCUCAGGCAUUCCAAAAAGAUCCGUGUUAGCUUCACUGAACACUAAAUUGUGUAUAGUUGGGAAUGGCAUUGUGCCUUGCGAUUGAAUGGGUAUCAUCUUCACUGGUGUAGAACUGAUAACAUUUUUAAAGGUAACCACGAAAGACUUGCAGUUCUUUAAAGAUAAAUUAUUCAAACCCCUCUUAUUGUUUUAGUUUUUAUAAAAUUUGAAAAAUUUGUUUAACUAGUAGGUCGCCAUUGUUGUUGACGAUGCAAUGCAUUCUGGGCAGUGACGUCACUGGGCAGCGCUGCCGUACUUCCACAGUGUCACUCGUUAGCUACAUUAACAUGUCGUCAGUUCUGUCCUUCUAAUUUGAACCUGAGUGGAAAAGUAAUGAGCAGGACAGUACUGUCAAUAUUUCACAAAACGAGCAGCAAAAACAAUUAAAUGAAGGUCUCCAGCUGGACUCGAACUUCAGACAGCAAGCAGAAAACAAUAACAGGGAUUGCGUAAAAGGGUUUAUUGAACACACAAAAAAAACACCCGAUCGCGAAACGGGAGACACAAAGAGGGUCUGUUACAGUGGGUCGGGAUCAAUAAAAAAAUAAUUUCAAAAAAACGAGGGAAAACUGCGGUGAGAGGGAGACAAACGAAAAAAAACAACAAGGAAAUUAUGCCACAAGCAACGAAGGGAUUUUAAAAAUGUCAAAUGGCAGCAAGUCAAUAUCUCGGCAAGCCGCCUAGGAUCGUUUUAAAGACACUGCUGAUGAGCUGGAAUUGGAUGCAGACACAAUGUUGGGAACUCAUCCCACAGCUCUGUAACAAAACAAUCUGACCAGCAGAAGAAUGUGACAAAAUCAUGACAGUUGUCAUACUAGCUUCGCUUGCUAGCUGGCACAGCAAUACUCCCAUUCCAGUCCAACUGAGUCAUCACACCCAGCGUACAUUGCCUGCGUAAAACAAAACAUGUAUUAAAUGUUAUAAAUUUUUAAAUCAAUGCCAAUAAUAUAUGUGUUUAGUGCUGCAACGAUUGUUCGAUUAACUCGAGUAAUCAAUUAGAAAAAAGAUUCAAAUUAAAAUUUGCUGCUUCAAGUAGUUGUUUAAUUAAAGUGUCACAUGAAUAAUGAGGUGGCGUGUGAAAAUCAACCUAAAACAACUCGGCAAGGACUUUCCAGAGAGUACUUGGUGAGUCACUUUUUAAACAAUCAUGUGGUGUUAAAAGCUGAUUGAACUUUCUUAAAAGUGUAUAAUCUACAUGACAUGGUUAAUGCUGAUUGGGGAUUAAUAACAGAACCGUUAAAUAAUCUGCCAAAUGAUUCCAUGGUAUUGAAACACUCCCUACACUUGUCUCUGCGACAGUGCUCUGCGUUAGUGAUGGCCGAUACCAGUGAUUUUGGAUUCAAUCCGAUACCAAGUAAUACCAAGGCCAAAUAUUGCGAUCCCGAUCCAAUAUCGAUACCGGAAGUUCAUAUUUUAUAUACAACACAUAUAUAUUUAUAUACACAACCCUGCAGAGUUCUCAGCCAUUCUGAUGAUAUCUAAUGUACAACUACAGCAAGCACUCAAAAACUAUUAAAAGUCUCUUUGUGUCAAAUAUGCAUUGCAAUGGAAAAACUGCUGCUUUUAAUAACUAGCAAAGCAGUUUCCCUAAAAACUCACAAACCAAUCCAUCAACAACAAAAUCUGAUUAUUCACUCUUAUUCUUUAACCCUGACCCUUAAAUUCAUAUACGCAGAACAUUUCCCUGCUACACGUUGCAUUUGAUCAAAUUUUAAUCUAAGUUAAAUAUUUUCUAAUUAAAGAACAAAUUAAUCGUAGCAUGUUACUGCCCUCUAAUAGUAGAUCAUCAAAAACAUCCAAUAAACAAUAGUCACUUGCAAUUCAAAAAAAAAAAAACAUUUAACCUUUUUUAUAUAAUGCGGUAUGAACUUUGCUUUUCACAAACAAGAUGUAGCUAUAACUUUCCAUUACAAAGCAUAUUCAAUGGUGCUGCAAAGUUCUUUUUAUGUAAGAUGACAAAAACGCCAUAUUCAUCGUUUCAUAUUGCACAUCAGCCACUAAUGCUUAUAUCGUCUCUGAUUAUCUAUUAGCACCUACGUUACCUGGAUAAGUCCUGCCUUUCGCAAACGCCACUUCUAAAGAGCUUGGCUUUUGCUCCGGCGGCGUGGUCUUUUUUCCCGUGUCCUCCUCGGCUUGAGCGGCACGUUUUUCAUUUAAUUCGUCAUGUGCGUCGGGAUGCACGUUUUUAAGGUGUUUCGUGAGGUUUGUGGUAUUACCACAAUAUCUGACAAUUUUGGCACAAACUGCGCACUAAGCCUCGUUGCUAUUUUUUGAAUUGAAAUAUGUCCAAACCAGACUUCUUUUACGUUCCAUCGUCAAUGCCGCAGCCAUGCUACCAGCCUACCAGCUUCCAAAUGUUUGUUGUGGCUGUGUUGGUGCCUCGUGAGAGGGGUGGAGGAAAAGCAUGCUGAUCCAUACACAGGAUAGGGACGUAAAUAGGGGCGGGAGCAGACGCCGGUGCACUGCUUAUGUGCGUGCACUGCUUACGUGCGUGUAGAACGCGAAAGAACGCACAAAAAUAUAGACAAAAAAUAGACAAAGAAAAUAUAAUACUGUAUCUUAAUUUUGCUUGGGGAUCGAUACCUAAAACUCAACACGCUGGAUCGAAAUAUCGAUAUUUUGGUAUCGAUCUUCCUAUCAUUACUCUGCGUGUGCUAAAUCUGUUGGCCCUCUAGGGGCCCCUGCUGGAUGGGGGCUCUAGGCAAUUGCCUGGUUUGCCUAAUGGGACGCGACGCCUCUGCUGAUUCCAAAAUCGAAUAUAUAAAACGAUCACUUCCACACACAUCCAAGCGGUCCAUUUCAUUCAGGUGCAUAAAACACCACGUGAAAUAUGAAAUAAACAUGCUUUUUGGUCUCUGAGGUUCCCUUUAAAAACUAUUUUUAUUAUGUAUAAUAAGAAAGGAAAAGUAGUGAUUCCUCUGAACACUCCCACUCCCAAUGCUGUGUAAAAUUAUCUCUAUCUUUGGUCUACUUUCCACGUCAGCUGCGUGUAAUGACAAUUAGGCACAUAUAUUCUCCAAGGGAUUGAGACACGUUAGGCCCACUUGAACGCUAGUAACCCCGGCUGAUUUACCGAAAAUAACCCGGCCACUGCAGCAUCAGCACCGGGCAGCUGCGCAGGUGCGGCCGUUAAAGGGACAGUGGAGCACUGAGUCUUCUGUUUACAUUUACUUUGGUUUUCAAAUACCCGUAUGUAAUCAAGCGAGUGGUUUUAAUAGAGAGAGGGAAAUUUCAUCAAGCGGUGUGAUGUGCCCUGAAUGCACCGCCAACCUACUCUCGGAAUGGAAUUAGCAGGAUACUAAGCAAUCUUUCUUUUUGGCUAAUACCUUUUGCAUCUCUAGCAGCAGGAACGCCCUGCAAGCUCCCAGACCGGCGUGCGCACCCCUCACUCAAGCUCGCCGACUUUCCGACGUCCGCACGGCGAGCUACUGUUGCAGCACUUCAGUUCCAUCCUGGCCGGCCCGAGGAUAAUCAGCCUUCCUCCUACUCAUCCUCAACCGUCAACAAUUGCGAUGCGGACUCAGAGCGGAUGAAUAUGUUAAAAGAAAACUCGGCUUCAUAUCAGUGGGGUGCAGCCGUAGUUUGACGCCGGACAUGAUUUUUAUCACGGAAGUUGCCUGUGCAGAGGAUGCGGGAUGACGAUAACACCAUGAGCGGCUGCCGCACCCCGGGAGAUCUUUUGACGAGAAGCAGCCUUGUUUUUGCACCCUCAAACGAAUUGGAUUUUUUUGGCCCUGGACUCUUCAUCAUAGCACCGACUGGGAUUAUUUCUUGGCGCUUCUGAUGUACUGGGAUCGUAUUGUUUUUUCCCCAAAGGGCUCUCCUGUGGACUGUUGCUAUCCCACCCAGAGAGGGAAAACAGUCGUCACACUUGCUUGUUUCAACACACAACAAUAAGAUGGCAGAAAAGACAGACCAGGUUUCCGUCAGCAUCCCCAUGGAGGAGACCAAACUUCACAGCGGGGCACCCACGGAGGCGCCCCUGCUCACCCACCUGAAGAAGGUGGAGAAUCACAUCACUGAGGCACAGCGAUUCUCCCACCUGCCACGCCGCUCUGCUGUGGAUCUGGAGUUCAAUGAGCUGUCUUACACCAUCCGUGAAGGUCCCUGGUGGAGGAGGAGAGGUUACAAAGCCCUCCUUAAAUGUCUCUCUGGAAGAUUCAACAGCAGAGAGCUGAUUGGUAUCAUGGGGCCGUCUGGGGCUGGAAAGUCCACCCUAAUGAACAUCCUGGCUGGCUACAGAGAGACCGGGAUGAAGGGCCAAAUCCUUGUGAAUGGUCGCCCCAGGGACUUGCGGACCUUCCGGAAGAUGUCCUGCUAUAUUAUGCAAGAUGACAUGCUGCUGCCGAACCUUACGACCAAGGAAGCUAUGAUGGUCUCUGCCAAUCUGAAACUCAAUGAGAGCAUGCAGGUCAAAAAGGAACUAGUGCGUGAGAUUCUGACAGCGUUGGGGCUUCUGGACUGUGCUCAAACACGUACCAUCUCUCUGUCGGGGGGUCAAUGCAAAAGACUGGCUAUUGCCCAGGAGCUGGUCAACAACCCUCCUGUCAUGUUCUUUGAUGAGCCCACCAGCGGACUGGACAGCGCGUCGUGCUUCCAAGUAGUUUCUCUCAUGAAGUCCUUGGCUCAGGGAGGACGAACGAUCAUCUGUACCAUUCAUCAGCCCAGUGCCAAGCUCUUUGAGAUGUUUGAUAAGUUGUACAUCCUCAGUCAAGGUCAAUGCAUCUACAAAGGCACAGUCCCUUAUCUCAUCCCCUAUUUGAAGAACCUGGGCCUCCACUGCCCGACAUAUCACAAUCCCGCUGAUUUCAUCAUCGAGGUGGCAUCAGGAGAAUAUGGGGACUUGAACCCGGUGCUGUUUGAAGCGGUGCAAGGUGGACUGUGUUCCGAGGAGGGCAAGAAGAACUCCAGAGACAAGAGCGACUCUUCCUGUCCAUCUCAGUGCUACAAUGAAACAGGAACCCUUGAAAAACAUAGCUUUGCCACCAGUACCUUCACACAGUUCUGCAUCCUUUUCAAAAGAACCUUCAUUACAAUAUGCAGAGACACGGUGUUGACCCACUUGAGAGUGAUGUCCCAUCUGUGUAUUGGAGUGCUGAUUGGUCUACUUUAUCUCAAAAUUGGAAAUGACGCCAGUAAAGUCUUAAACAACACGGGUUUCCUCUUCUUCUCCAUGCUUUUUCUUAUGUUUGCUGCCUUGAUGCCCACCGUUCUCACCUUUCCUCUGGAAAUGUCCGUGUUUGUAAGGGAACACCUUAACUACUGGUACAGCCUAAAGGCCUAUUAUUUGGCAAAAACAGUGGCGGAUGUUCCAUUCCAGGUGAUUUGUCCAAUCAUGUACUGCAGUAUUGUAUACUGGAUGACUGAACAGCCUGCAGAGGCUGGUCGCUACCUGCUCUUUGUGGCCUUGUCCACUUCUACAGCCCUGGUAGCCCAGUCCCUAGGACUGCUUAUUGGUGCUGCGUCCACAUCUCUGCAAGUUGCAACAUUCGUCGGUCCAGUGACAGCCAUACCUGUGCUGCUGUUCUCUGGCUUCUUUGUAAAUUUUGACACCAUUCCUAAAUAUCUACAGUGGAGCUCUUAUGUAUCUUACGUCAGGUAUGGCUUUGAGGGGGUGAUACUCUCCAUCUACGGGAUGAACCGUACUGAGCUUGAAUGUCCCGGUCUCGUGUGUAAAUUUCAAAAGCCGGAGGAGGUCCUACAGCUGCUGGAUGUGGAAGAUGCAAAGCUCUAUGUAGACUUCAUGGUGUUGGGGGUUUUCUUCCUCAUUCUCAGACUGGCAACUUACUUUGUCCUGCGGUACAAAGUCAAGUCUGAGCGUUGAGGUCCACUGGUAAAUAUCAUAUCCAUGAAACUGCUUGUUAUUCAUGAACGUUUCCUGUACCUCGUUUCUUCAACAAUCAUUUUCGCUAUACAUAUGAACCAAGAUGAAAGAUACGGAAAGCAUGUUCAAUUAAAAAAUAACGAACUGGAGGAAAGUGAAACAUAAAAUACGUUUUCCUCUCUAUGCCUCGAUAGCAAUCCCUGAUACACAGGAAAUCCCAUGAAUGCUGUUAAAUUGAAAUCUCCUUGCCCAAAUUUGAAAAAGAAUACAUUCCUGUUGUCACCGAGGAAAGCCGUAACUUCAAGUGCCAGACCUUUUGUCAGCUUCUCACUUCCUGCGUCUCCAUUUUGUGGAUACAAUCCUAACGGACCAACUGCCAUUGGAUGACUUUUGCUCAUUUUCACUGACCCCGCAGCACUCCGUGAAAACAAACGAUCGGAUGACGAUGAAGGAAAUGUAAAGAUGUCAUUAGUGAGUCCUACUCAUUUGCUGCCAGGACAAUAACUUAAUGUUUGUACUCGGAGGCAUCCAGGAAGCAUGGAGACAACAUUAGAAGAAAAAAAACAGGCAUGACUGUGGUUUCCAGCCUGAUACAGAGGGCUAUCCUAAAUGUACUGGCUGCACUUAGGAGAAGUGCAAUAGCCGAGGUUCCGUGUGGGGGAAAAAAAAGAUGCUCGUUUAAUCGCUGUUACUCUUCUGAAGCAAUCCGUCCAAGUAUUUCUAUGAUUCUUUCGCCUCUCUCUCCUUCAUGAGCUUCAGUAUUACGGAAUUUUCUUUUCUCCACCACUCGGCAUUGCUGAUGUCUGACUGACGUGCGUUUUCCAAAGCAAUGCUUGAUACUUGAAAUGCUGGCUGGGCUGAUUGUGUGCCUCUGAAAUAGAAUGAUACAAGCUUUGUCUGCUUCAGUGCUGGAUGUUUGCGCACAUAACUUAUAUUACCAUACGGUACAUGUUGGUCUGUCUGUCUCUUUCACUUUUAAACACACAAAUGCACACACACUUGUACAGUCAUGUGAAAAAAAUUAGGGCACUCCAUUAAAUAUUCAGUUCUUUAUUAAGAAAUGUUCACAUAUCAAUGUCUGUUCUUGUUUCUCUUUAUCAGUGGAAAAGAAAGUCAUUUAAUUGCAGGUAAACAACAAAAAUUAACAUUGUUUUACUCAUUAAACCAAAUAUAGCAACAAAAUGCAUAUUCUAACUGAGGAAAAAGUUUGGACAGCCUACCUAAUAGCUAGUGUUACCCCCUUUGGCUGAAAUAACUUCAGUGACGCGUUUUUUAGACAUCUACCAGUCUUUGACAUCGAGGAGGCGGGAAAGGGGACACCGGGUGACUAGUGAUGAAGAGACUAGUCAACUAGACAUUAAAAUUAGAAAAGCGAAAUAAAGUAAGACAAGUGGUAGGUAGAGUGAGAAAAAGGAGAUAGGACUGGUGGCUGUACUUCCCCCAGCAUUAUAGCUUCUAGUGCAGCUUAUGGUUUGAAUUGAAUUUAAAAAAAAAAAAAAAAAUUUAUUGUCAUUGUCAUCAUCAUCAUCAAAAUCAUUAACAGUUUCAGAGUGUGGAAUUUGUUUACCCGAAGGAAAGACGAAGACAGACAGACAAGGGAGACGGGAAAAGCAAAUGCUUAUCGGAAACCCGUCCCCCAUCAGCCCGGGUCGCACAAACAGCAUGUUGUGUAUCAGUCCAGUCAUAGUUUUACGCAUUUUAUUCAAAAGUCAUUGAUUGCCAUGGAAAUUUCACAUAUUGUCAAUUUGAGUUCAUUGUAUCACUUGAUGUCCAAGUAGGUGAAGGGAGGGAACUGUGAACUUAGACUGAACUGUGAGUCUAGUCCGAUUUCAACUAGCCUGACCACAAGCUUUGUCGAAUUGAAAGAUUUUAUUCUUAUCUUAAAUGUACAGACGGUGUCGGCUUCCUAGCUGGAAGCUGAUUCCAUAGGAAUCUCUAGCGCCUACUGUACUUUUAGAAACCCUGGAAACUACCAGGAGACCUGCAUUCUGAGAACGGAGUGUUCUGUUGGGGCAGUACGGAACCAGAGCAUCGGUGAGAUAAGAUGGCCCCAAACCAUUUAUGGUCUUAAAUGUAAGAAGGAGGAUUUUAAAUUUAAUUCUAAACUCGACUGGAAGCCAGUGAAGGGCCUAAAGCACAGGGGUGUUGUCCUCUCUUCUAUUAGUGCCUGUUAAAAAUCUUGCUGCUGCGUUCUGGACUAACUGAAGACCUUUUAGAGAACUUUUAGGACAUGCUGCAAGUAGGGAGUUACAGUAAUCCAAUCUAGAUGUAACGAACGCAUGAAUUAAUUUUUCUGCAUCGUUUUUAGACAAAAUAUCUCUAAUCUUGGCUAUGUUGCGCAGGUGAAAGAAGGCUGUUCUGCAGGUUUGUUAAAUAUGAGCUUUAAAUGACAGAACUUAAUUAAGAACUGGGCUUUGACUACACCAUUCCAGGACUCUCCAUUUCUUUUCAGCCAGUCCUUGAUGGAUUUACUGGUAUGUUUUGGGUCAUCAUCAUGUUUCAGGUUCCAGUUUUGCUUCAGCUUUAACUUUUUGACAGAUGAUCUCACAUGUUCCUCAAGCACCCUCUGAUACACAAUAGAAUUCAUGGCGGAUUCUAUGAUGGUGAGCUGGCCAGGUCCUGCGGUAGCAAAGCAUCCCCAAACCAUGACACUUCCACCUCCAUGCUUCACAGUUGGUAUGAGGUUCUUUUCCUGGAAUGCUGUAUUGGCUUUACGCCAAACAUGUUCUCUGUUCUGGUGUCCAAAUAAUUUAAUUUUGGAUUCAACUGUCCAAAGAACAUUAUUCCAGAAGUCCUGGUCUUUGUCUACAUUCACUUUGGCAAACUUUAGUCUGGCCUUUGUGUUCUUCUUGGAGAGCAAAGUUUCCUUCUUGCACACCUCCCAUGAAUGUUAAAUUUGUGUAGUCUCUUUCUGAUUGUUGAGGGAUGCACUUUCAUAUCAACAGUAAUAAGAGCCUGCUGUAGGUCCCGUGAGGACAUUUUAGGGUUUUUGGAGACUUUUUUUUUUAGCAUCUUGCGGUCUGCUCUCGGGGUGAACUUGGGGUGGACAGCCAGACCUGGGCAUGCUGGCAAUUGUUUUGAAUGUCUUCCACUUGUAGACUAUUUUCCUGACAGUGGAAUGGCGAAUUAUAUAUUCUUUUGAAGAUUGUAGACGCUUAUGAGCAGUGUUGUUAAUCUUACUUUAAAAAAGUAAUUAAUUACGGUUACAAAUUACUUCUCCCAAAAAGUAAUUGUGUUAGUAACUCAGUUACCUGAAUGUAAGAGUAAUUAGUUACUUGGCAAAGUAACUGGUGAUAAUUUUCUUUUUUUUUU